AUGGCACAUAGAAACCUAACGUACUUUGAGGCACGGCAGGAACUAAUCGUACCCACUCGAAACAGUUACAGCAUUUUGGAACACACAGAGGAAUUUAUGACUAUCCAGGAAAGUUACGCAGAGGCAGUGAAAAGGAGGAGCCAUUCGGAGGGAAGCAUAAAUCGGUCAAACAACAACAAGAAGCCUGCAAACGAGAAACAGAAAGCUCAAUUGGAAGUAGAAGAACCAGCAAGAAAACGAAAAGCUGCGGAUAGGAAACCUAAAGAACAGAAACCGGAAACUACAUCGAUGGAACAGCAUUUAGAACUGCGAAAGCGAUGGGAGGAAAAAAUGAAAGUGAUAGCGGAGCAACGCGAAGCAUACAAGCAGAUGGCUAACGAAACGUUCAAAAGUUUAACAACAGCACCCAGUUUCUGGACACACAACACAGACACAGCUCCAAUAGCGAACACCAAAAAUACCCAUUUAUACCCGGAAGUGACAGAAAAUCUGAUAACACUGGACAGUCUCAAUGGAUUCCUACAAAAAAAGAAAAAAAAAUCAGCUCCCGGAACCGACCGAAUCACCUACAGUAUGCUACGACAACUAAACACAGAAACAAAAUUAAAAGUUAUAGAAGAACUAAACACGUUCUACAAAACUGGGCAUCUACCGAAUCAUCUUAAAGAAGUAAAAAUAAUCCCAAUACUCAAGGCAGGGCGUGAUCCAAACGACUGCUCGGCAUACAGGCCAAUAGCAAUGAUACCAACACUUACCAAAGCCAUCAAUGGAAAUGUCCUAACAAAGAUUAAAAAACACGUACACGAAAAACAGUUGCUACCAAAACUUUCAUUCGGAUUUCAACCUGAGAAAUCAACGGAAGACUGCAUAGAAUAUGCCACAAAUUUUAUAAUGGACAGUAAACGGACAGGACAAGUUUGCGUAGGAGUUUUCUUCGACUUCUCCAACGCUUUCAAUACGGUGGUAGUACAAAAGCUACUGGCAGUAAUGGAAGAGAUGGAUUUUGCUGUUGAUAUAACAAGGUGGAUAACAAACUUCCUCCACAAUCGUACAUUGAUAUUGCAAUCAGAGGAAGGAAGAGUCGAAAUGAUUGCAGAACAAGGAUUACCUCAAGGCGACGUACUCUCCCCCAUGCUAUUCAACCUAUACACGGCAAAACUACACGACGCAGUGCAAGAGGGGGUGGUAACAAUACAAUUUGCGGACGAUUUUCUCAAGAUAAUAAAAGGAAAAACACGCGAUGAAGCAGUAGCAAAGGCACAAAUAGAAAUAGAUCAUUUCGCAAGUAAGUGUACGGAUCUACACCUCCAGCUGAAUGAGACAAAAACGAAGGCAAUACUAUUCACAGCCGCAAACAUUGAUCUGAUAUUAAAAGUGGGCGAAAUAGCCAUAGAAACGGUCCGCAACUAUAAAUACCUGGGGAUUUAUAUAGAUAAAAAUCUAACCUACGGAACACACAUCAGGACCAUGCGAGACAAAAUAAGCGAUCGACAGAACAUGCUUAAAAUUAUUGGAAGCAUAAAAAAUGGUGCCACCCUCAAAGUCAUGACAAUGUUUCACAAAGCCCUAUAUGGAAACUAUAUUCUCUAUGGAUCGUCCAUAUAUGGUGGAGCAUCGAAAUCGUACCAAAAUAUGCUGGAAGUAUCGAACAGACAGUGCCAAAGGAUUGCAACCGGAUGCACCAAGACAACACCAAUAAAUACUUUAGCAGCACUGAGCAACGAAAAACCAUUAUUCCUUAUACGAGAAUAUCAUACAAAGAAAAGGAUGGUGCAACACAUAAGGAGACAUGAUCCCAUCGGGGAACAGCUCCAGAAACUAGCAGCAACAAAGGAUACUGUACAAUCAGAUAAAUGCACAUAUAUGGAAAAAAUAUUUUUAGAAAACCUGGACCAGUUGUUAAGCGUGUACCCUAAUCAACAGAACAAAAUUCACGAAACGAAGAUUGCAAUUGAAACCGUAAUAGACGGAAUGCCCCACUCGAAGCAAAAUCUAGCGGCAACCGUUAUCAGACAAAUUACAAAUGAUAUGAUUCGAAGGAAAUAUACCCACUGCAAGCACAUCUACACCGAUGCAUCGCGAUCAGAUACCAGUUGUAGCAUAGGAGUGUUCUUUGAAGAAAAUGGCACAGAGAUUAGUAUGAAACUGGAAAAUAGAUGCUGCAUUAUGACAGCAGAAAUCCUGGCUAUUUGGAUAGCAUCGAAAGAGGCAUCAACAACCAAACAUUCUAAGACGGUCAUAUUGACGGACUCUCAAUCAGCAUGUUGGUACCUGAUCAACCAGGCCAAUCUGGAAAGUGUGGAUCAGAUCUCGUAUGAAAUAUUUAAAAACAUGUCAAAAAAACAUAUAAGCCUGCAAUGGAUCCCUGCACACGUGGGCGUCGAAGGCAAUGAACGGGCGGAUGAAUUAGCCAAGCUUGGCUUAAACAAUCCAGCUGUAGUACGGAAUAAAUUACUUUGGCACGACUUGGUCUGCGAGUUUAGAACACAACUAAACAUAAGCACGAAUGACUGGUACAGAAGAAUCACUCUCGAAGACGGAAAAGGUCGGAAAUUCUUUGAAAUAGUGGAGAACUACCCGGAAAAACCAUGGUACUGGAACUAUCAGCUGAACGGAAAAGACAUAAGGCUUCUAAAUAGAAUAAUAGCGGGAUACGACUACUCAAACUUUUGGCUAGCAAAACUCAAACUCCAAGAGUCAGAAGAAUGUGAUAUAUGCGAAGAGCUGGAUACAACCGAACAUGCCCUACUUUGGUGCAUUAAAUACGGGCACGUAAGAAAUUUUGACUGGGAGAUAUACCGGAACCUGAAGGAAUUAAUGGGAGAGCUAGAAGAAGAAAAACUGAAGGAAAUAGUGAAAUUUUUGAAGAUGGCCAGAUUGAAACCAUAA